UACCAAGAUCCUCCCUCGACCUCCCUCUAUCAUCUUUGAAGAUGGCGGUUCAAGGACAACAAAUUUCGGGAAAUUUUCCACCAUUUGCGAACAAGGAAAAAAUCGUGAAGAAAGUUAUAGAUUACAAAUUAGAUAAUGGCAAAAAGUUUUAUAAAGUGAAGUGGGAAAGCUCUUGGGAGGCAGAAGACAACCUGUUGAAAUAUCAAAACCUGCUUGAUCAAUUUUGGGGUUUCGUCAAUAGAGUAAAAUCUGAAGAUAUUCGAGAUCCACUACGAAAAAAGCCAAGGAUUCAGUUGGAGAAUGAUGAACAAGCCUGUUAUGAAGAGGGGCUUCCACCUCAAUCCUCCGCCAAAGAAUCAAAAUCGAUAAAUCCUGCUGAAGAACACAAUGUUGGAACGAUAAUUAAACCACGAAUUUUGUCUUCUGUGAAGCAUGAAGCUGCAAAGUCUGUUAAAUCUGCUGCAACAACUGUGUCUGGCCAUGUAGUGCAAAACGUAGAUGCUCAAACCAGAGACGAAGAAGAGAAAGCUAAAUCAAAUGUGGCUGAUGUACACUUUACCAAAGACGCGAAUGAUUUAGCUUUACGCUGGGAAAACCCUUUUGUAAGAAUAGCGUUCAUUUGUCGGAUUUGCAGCGAAGAACAGGCAUUUUUUGAGACGGAAGAAAGAUGGAAAAAACACUUCAUGAUGCAUAUACGACUUAGACCUGAGGAUGAAGAAGACACUUGUUCAACAAAAUGCACAACAAACGUCCUAACCAAAGAGGAUGUACACUUGUUGACAGAUCCUGAAAAACCAAUUAUACAAAAAGUGGAGCAUCUUAUCCAGAAGUGGGGUGUAAAUCAGUACGUCAGACUAGUGUUUCUUUGCAGAGCAUGUGGAAAAGAGCAGCAGGCGCAACACACUGGAAACUGGAGGAGUCAUUUUAUGUCCCAUCGGUUUAGUCACACAUGCAACAUCUGUUCUACAACGUUCAAGUCUAAAAACGAUUUAAAACGACACAACAAAAUUUACCACGAGGAUAAAGAAACCGAAGUGCGCCCCCAUUCGUGUCGUAUUUGCUUAAAACUGUUUAAACGUCGCUUCGAUAUGAAGAGACAUAUCGCACAGGUGCACAGCAUAGACCCUGAACAUAUCACUUUGCAAGAAGUACGCAAAAAGCAAGAAGAUGAGGCCGCUAAACAAAAACUUCCAAAAAAUUUUGUUCCAUCUAUAGGUACAUCUUUGUUUAGUAAACCUUUAGGAGAUUCUGCUACGUCCCCUCAUGAAGAAAAACGUCCUUAUAUUACGAAUACAGUGAAGCUAGGUGCAGUACUGAGUCUUACUGCUGUAUCAAGUUCAAAUGAAGUGAGCUCUUCUGCUGGACGGAAUUAUAUUUGUGGCACGUGUUUUCAAAUUUUUAAAUCAAAAGAAAAGUUGAAUAGUCAUCAGCUGAAAUCACACUGCCCUAAUCUAACAGACAGCGAGGGACGUGAUAAUAAUUGUGGAGUGUGCGGAAGAAGUUUUAAACGUGGGUAUGAUUUGAACCGCCAUACCUCCCUGGUGCACAGUAUGGAUUUCGAACAAGCUAAACUAAUAAAUGAAAACGACGUCGACGAUGCUGUAAAUGACGUCGACGAUGCUGUAAAUGUCGGCCAAUAUGCAACUAUGUGUGACGUUAGCAAGUCAUCAAGGCAAACAACCGACUCGUUUUUUUCGUUAUCACCGAAUUGUGACUUGUCUUUUAGUGGAGAGGAUUGUGUGGUUGUUAAAGAAGAACCUGAUGCAAGUAUUGGUGACGAAAAAGAGGAAAUUGAGUUGAUCAUUGACGAGAAAGCACCCGUCUGAUGAAAGGCGAUGCCAAUUCUGCUUCCAAAAGUUCUUUGUUUAAUUGUCUAUACUGAACGCGAGAUUUAUUUCUGCGAUUAGUACUGCCAGGAAUGUCUUCGUGAGAUUUAUUUCUGCAAUUAGUACUGCCAGGAAUGUCUUCGUGAGAUUUAUUUUUGCGAUCAGUACUGCCAGGAAUGUCUUCGUGAGAUUUAUUUCUGCGAUUAGUACUGACAGGCAUGUUUUCGUGAGAUUUAUUUUUGCGAUUAGUACUGACAGAAUUGUCUUCGUGAGAUUUAUUUUUGCCAAAUUCGAUGUUAAAUAUUUUAUUUAAUUUUACUUUUUUUUAAGAAAAAACGUCUGCGGUGAAUAAAAUUUUUUUUUUAAAUUUGGCGGAUUUAUUUUCUACGAAUUGACCUCUCCCCAUCCAAAAAAAAUUGUGGGAAUCUUUUGCGAAUUAUUUCCAAAUUCGCCAAAACAAGACCCGCAAGAAAUAAUUCUGAAAGAUUAAAUCAAGCAAUAAUUAAUGCUCCUUGAGUAUUGUAAUUGUUCGAAAUAAUUGUUAAUUUUAAAGUUGUGUAGUUAAGUUACGUUUUAUUUAAUUCCAUGAGUUGGGUACAUGCGUUUUUUCAAUUAAGUUCACAUGUAAUUUUUUCUAUU